GUUCACGUUGUAGAUAGCCACUUGCAGUAAGACGUACCCCGCAAUGCGAUUUCAGAGAUCCGACUCUCAACUUCAUGAACAUGAGCAUGAGCUAACCUACCCCACCUGUUAAAUAGGUCGUCGGCGCCGUUGCUGCCGUUGUUUCGGCGUUCCACGGUGGAUCAGAGCUGGUAGCUCAUAUCAAAAGAAGGCACCGGAGACGAAGCAGUCGAACGCAGACUCAACAAGAUUUCGAGGAGAAACAGCUUCAAGACUCUCUUGAGACGGGAGAAGUUCAAGUUGCUAAGCGAUAUGCUGCUGACGUUCAAGAUUUCGGAGAAAUUGUGCGGAUCGGUGACACCAUAGCGCGCGAUCGAUUAUUGCAUAUUGCCGUAGUUAUGCAAGCAGAAAUUAUCAAGAGCUUGCAACUUGCUGUCAAGAAUGAAAAUGCGGUGCUGAAUCUUAGACUCCUCCACGAGGCGUCCAUCAUGAAUCGUAACGAAUCUAUCGUGACGUUGGAUGAGAUGAAACAAAGGAUUCUGAUAACACGCCCCCUUAAGCGGACAUUGUCAACGUCGCCUCAGGAUCGGCGAGAUUCCAGAAUCUCUGUCGAGACGGUGCAAACAAUUCGGCCUGGAAAUAAUCCUCCUGUGCCAGAUUCCUAUGCCCCUUCUGCUGUCAGCAACCCUGCGGCUGUGGAGUCUAAAAGUGCAAAGACCGGUUUAGCCAAGUAUCUCAGUAUGAAACGCAGUGGCAGCCAGUCUUCUACUUCUAGUCAAUCCCCUCCACCUGUCACUGCUUCUGGAGGUUUUCCAUUCAGCCCAGCCCUACAGCAACUUCUUCAAGGUCCAGAUCGAGUAUCUAUCAUGAAGGACAUCGACGAGAUAAUCAGCUCCUACCAGGGAUUACACAUGGACGAUGAAAGACGAGACACUUUGGCCAUGCUUCAUGGCGGGCAUGGAGCGAAGCGAGAUACACUGGCGGUUUUGAAUGCUGGAGAUAGCUACCAACGCGACAUGAUGGGCAUGAACAGAGAUGCAAUGCAGAUGUUGAGGAAUCUUCCACCCACACCAGAGGAGGCGCACGAGAACAAAGAAUACCCAGCAUUCAAUCAUGAUAUAUUCAAUCCCCAGCGAGCUUAUGACCAGUAUUUUAGCAAGCCGAAUCCACCGCCACAGCGCCAAACGUCGACCGAAUCAAGAUGGUCAGCCUCCAGUUCUGUAUACUCAGAUACAGUGCCACCAUCUCUAUAUAGCCACGACUCAGCAUCGUCAAGGGAGUCACCUACGCCGCCAUAUGCCAAUGACUUCCAUCCAACAGGAUCCGCACCCACUCAACACUUCUCUCAGCCUCACCAAUCUUAUAACACACCUCAACCACAACCAUAUCAUCCAGCGCCCCGGGACCUACCGACUUCAUCCAAUGCACCUUUCACCAUACCACCACCCACCCGCACACCUCCAACACGCGAUGACCAGAACACCAACAGGGCUGGGAAUACGCGCUUUCAUAUCGUUCCCGAUGGCUCACCUAUCUCUUCCGCGUCCUCGACAUCUACAGUUAUCGCUCCAAGCGGAGGAAUUUCAGCUCUUGCUGCAGCCGCAUCCAGCACUAUGAUGGCCACAUCUACCGUACCACCACUUCCUCCCCCGAAACCCGCCUCCCUAAACUCGAACUCGUCGGAUCAAAUAUCCAUUAUUCGAGCCAAUCCGAACACUAUCCGCACGAACACUAUCCAAGGCCCCACUGCAGCCCAAGAAAUAAUGAUGUCGGGCCGGCCAUGCAAAGACAACAACUACUGGGGCUUCUGCAAGGGCGCCUGGGCCGUCCGCGAGGAGCUCAAGCGGGGGCUACAAAUCCAAGUCCGUCCGGACGGAAUGUACAACACGCACCAGGUCUGGCAGUGUCGCCACUGCCACUUCACCGGCUCGACGCACACCGCGAUCCACGCGUCCCGCAAGAACAAGAAAGAAACCAUCGUCGACCCCUCGGUGCACACUUCCGCCGCGGGUAUUAGGUACAAAUGGAUCUUCCUCGCGAAGUCACACGUCAAGAAGAAGACGCUGGAGAAUGCGCGGAAUCCGCUUGCGAGGCGAAAGGGCGAGCCGGAGGAGGAUUGCAAUUAUGGAUGCGUGAUUUGUUCGGUGGAGGGCAAUGUCACUGGCAUUUAUGGAAAUGUCGAGACGCUCAUGAAUCACAUCUUCAUGCAGCACACCCAGACGAUGAGUGAGAGGACGAUGAUCAAGAGCAGGUGUGUCAAGGGUAGAAGGGCAGGUGCUGACGAAGAGUGGGAUAUCAAUAUCCCCAUGAACGAAAUCGUACAAUUCUAGAAAGGAAGAUAUACAGUGUCCUUUUUUUCGGCUGAGAAAGGCGGCAAGACUUCUUCCCUAAAAUCAAGGAUUCGCCGUCUGUUUUUUCUUCUCUGGGUUCUUGCUUUGAGCAUUUCAUCUACUUUCUUGCUAGCGAUAUGAACUCGUCGAUACCCUAGUUAAGCUUUUUUUUGGCAAAAUAUUCUUCAAGUUUCUCUCUUCCCAUAUUCCUUUUCUCUUAUUUUUUUCCCUAAGGUUUUGGAAUGUACACAAUUUUUGGGAUCGAUUGGCGGGACAAACAGGGGUGGGAGCUUGUGUAUCUAAUUCAGCGAUCAUGAUAGUCGUGAAACAUAUUUAAAC